CAAAGACUAGAGUAUUUGACUUUGGCAUACCCACGGAGACUGAGAACCACACAGCGACUGAGAGAUGGAGGGAAGUGAAGGUGGGCAUCAUCCAUAUGUGCCGAAAGAUCUGAAGCUGCCUGGCUUCGUCCCUGGAUUCCUCUCUUGGUCUACAAUCCUCGGCGUAUUCGGACUAUCUUCCUUCCUCGUUGUCUCUCUCGUUUGGAUCUUCUCUGGGAAGUCCAAAAAAUCAAAAGUUGAUAGACUGAUCAUGUGCUGGUGGGCUUUCACUGGCCUUGUCCACAUAAUGCUUGAGGGUUAUUUUGUAUUCUCUCCAGAAUUUUACAAAGAGAAGACUGCUAAUUAUUUUGCCGAAGUGUGGAAAGAGUACAGCAAAGGUGAUUCAAGAUAUGCAGGCAGGGAUGCUGCUGUUGUCACUGUCGAAGGAAUCACUGCAGUUUUGGAAGGCCCGGCUAGCCUGCUAGCUGUGUAUGCAAUUGCUAAAGGAAAAUCGUACAGCUAUAUACUUCAGUUUGCGAUUUCUCUGGGGCAGCUCUACGGAACUGCUGUUUAUUACAUUACUUCCUACUUGCAAGGUGAUAACUUUGCUGCAAGCCCACUUUACUACUAUGGGUAUUAUAUUGGAGCAAAUUUCUCUUGGAUUGUGAUACCCUCAAUUAUUGCUAUCCGGUGUUGGAGGAAGAUUUGUGCAGCACAUCAAGUGCAAGGCCAGAAGAAGACCAAAAUUCGCUGACUUGAGAGUUAGGUUAUCUGGUUCCUGGAUUCCAGUCAGAUUGUAUGAUUCAUUGCUAUUUACUUUCAUGCUUUUUUAGCUUAGCACUUUGAUGGGCGGUUGAUAUUGAAGGCUUCAAGCUCUGAUUGCUUUUGGCACUCAAUAUAUACGGUUUAGACUUUAUUUUGGUCAGUUGAACUGGGAUUACUUUACUGGAUGUAAUAACUUGGCUUGUUAAUCAUAUUUUUGGAGAAGAAAUUCUCAAUUACUGUGAGCUUCAGAUACU